AUGUUUUACUGGUACCUAUCCCCCUUCCGUUGUAGAGUGGAGAAGGAGAGGAACGACUAUAAGUCGGAAGUGGACGAUCUUCAGGGACAAGUGGCUCAGUUAUCUAAGCUGAAGAUGAACUCAGAAAAGAACAUCAAGACCCUGGAAAGUCAAGUCUCCGAAAUGUCCGCCAAGCUGGACGAGGCGAACCGCAGCGGAGCAGAUCUGGGCUCGCAGAAGGCUCGCGCCGCUCAGGAAGCCGCUGACUUGCAGCAUCAACUCGAGGAAGCCGAAUCUCAGAUC